AUGAGCAAUAGCAUAGCUGGACCAGCUGCUCAAGAGACUAUUACGGGUGUAAAGUUACUAGUACUUAAUGAUUAUGAUAGGGUAAGUUCAUUUUUUAACGGUUUAUUGGCUUAAACAGUCGUCUUUCUUGAUUUGAUAACUGGAGUCUGAUGCUUUAUAUUAAAUUUAUUGUAUUUAUUUUAGCAACGAAAACCUCAUCCAGCGAUUAGAGAUGAUACUAUGAUUAAAAUUGGUUCUCGGACCUUGUCCACCGAGAUCACUUGUCCAAUUUGUUUGGAUCUAUUCACCACAACAAUGGGAACUAAAGUAAGUUGAAGUUAUUUCGUCAUUUUCAUGUUUAGGAAUGUCUUCACCGCUUUUGUUCCGACUGUAUAACCACGGCUUUGUUGAGGAAUAACCGAGAGUGUCCAACAUGUAGGAAAAAGAUUGUUUCAAAGCGAUCAUUGAGACCCGAUAUCAAUAUGGACAUCUUGAUCAACAAGGUAAGAAUUUCGAGAGUUUAUAGAUGAUCGAUUUUUAGUUAUGGCCAGAAAGAAAGCUGUUUGACGAUAUGCAGAAUGCUGCUCAACAGCACUAUCAAGCCGAGUCUUCCGUAGCCGCUCUUCAGAAGUCAAUCGAGAUUGGUAUCAAGGCGCAGGCAAAGAAUCGCCGUCAAAGAGUUAUUGGAUCUUAUGAUUAUGAUAGUAAGGGUGAAAAAAUUAAAUCUAGGUUUACGAAACUUAUAAAGGUUGAAUUUUGUUUAAUUUUAACGUUUUUCAGCUAAAAAGAAGAAGAAAAGAAACGAUGGUGAGGAAGAAGUUGACAGUCCUGAACAACUCUCUCCAUCGGCGGUUGACGAUGAUUCACCGGUUGAUGAAGGCUCUUCUCAACCUCCUUCACAAGAAGAUGAAGCUUUAAGCUCAAGUGAUUCGGAAGAUUCAGGUAAACUUGACUUUCUUUCUUGUAUUUAGGUCACCUAUGAUAAUAUCGACGUUAUAGUUGAGUUUAUAUCUGAAUAACAUCUUAUUUUACUUUAGAUGACUCUAGCUCAUUGUCCUCAACGAUUACCGACUCAAGUGAAUGUGAAAUGGAGGUGGAUGAUCAGAUACCAGAGACAUCCAAGUCGUCAAUGCAAGCUGUAGAACAAGGUUUGGAAAAGAUGGCUGAACUGAAUAUUGAGCAGCCAAAACAAGAAGAAAUUAAUGUCAUGGAUUCUUCUGGAGACACUUCUGCUGUAAGGCUUUACAUUUUCUUGGUUUUUAGGUAAUUAACGAUGAAGAAGGGUAAUAUACAGGGUGUCCUAACUUUUCUGAAGGAAAGUAAAAGCUUCGUUCUCGAAAAGUACUAGUCCGAUUUGGAUGAUUUUUUUUUGCACACGACUAGGAAUUACUUGCGGAUUUGGUAUUGAUACAUUGUUUUUGAGUAUUCGGUGGUGGCUCGGCGGAGGGUGGCGGAGACUGAUUUUUUUAUGUUUCGGACAAAAAAUAUGUAAUUUUGUUUUCGCAUUCUGCCCAAACAUUUUUCAAAAACAUUUUCUUUCAAUGAAAAACUUUUUUGCUAUGUCGGCUGACGAUCGGCGGAGAAAUUCGGCGAAGGCCAUAACUCGGCCAGUUUUUAAUAUUUUUGAACCGGACAAAAACCAGUGGUGUUCUAAAGCAUUUUUCUACAAAAUCGGCCAUACUUUAUAAAAAAUCGGUAAUUUUCAAAAAUUCGGCGGAGACACCUAAUUUUGGCGGAGGCGAUAACUCGGCCAGUUCUUAAGAUUUUUGAACCAGACAAAAGGCAGUGGUGUUCUAAAGCAUUUUUCUACAAAAUCGGCCAUACUUUAUAAAAAAUCGGUGAUUUUUAAAAAUUCGGCGGAGACACCUAAUUUCGGCGAAGACCAUAACUCGGCCAGUUCUUAAGAUUUUUGAACCGGACAAAAGCCAAUGGUGUUCAUUGGCAUUUUUCUCCAAUAUGUCACAAUUUUAUAAAUUAUCUACAAUUUUUAACAAAUCAGCGGAGACACCAGAUUUCGGCGGAGACCAUAACUCGGUCAGAUCUUAAUAUUUUUGAACCGGGCAAGAACCAAUGGUAUUCAUUGCCAUUGUUCUUUAAACUGUCAAAGUUUAAUAAAGCAUCAACAAUUUUUAACAAAUCAGCGGAGACACCAGAUUUCGGCGGAGACCAUAACUCGUUUUAAAAGUUACCAAUUUUUUACAAAGAUGGUCGGUUUUUUAGACAAAAGCUUCAGAACACCACUAGUUUUUGUCCGGUUCAUAAAUAUUAAGAUCUGACCGAGUUAUGGUCUUCGCCGAGAUUAGGUGUCUCUGCCGAUUUGUCAAAAAUUGUAGAUAAUUUAUAAAAUUGUGACAUAUUGGAGAAAAAUGCCAAUGAACACCAUUGGCUUUUGCCCGGUUCAAAAAUCUUAAGAACUGGCCGAGUUAUGGUCUUCGCCGAAAUUAGGUGUCUCCGCCGAAUUUUUAAAAAUCACCGUUUUUUAACAAAGUUUGGUCGAUUUUGUAGAAAAAAGCUUCAGAACACCACUGCCUUUUGUCUGGUUCAAAAAUCUUAAGAACUGGCCGAGUUAUCGCCUCCGCCAAAAUUAGGUGUCUCCGCCGAAUUUUUGAAAAUUACCGAUUUUUUAUAAAGUAUGGCCGAUUUUGUAGAAAAAUGCUUUAGAACACCACUGGUUUUUGUCCGGUUCAAAAAUAUUAAAAACUGGCCGAGUUAUGGCCUUCGCCGAAUUUCUCCGCCGAUCGUCAGCCGACAUAGCAAAAAAGUUUUUCAUUGAAAGAAAAUGUUUUUGAAAAAUGUUUGGGCAGAAUGCGAAAACAAAAUUACAUAUUUUUUGUCCGAAACAUAAAAAAAUCAGUCUCCGCCGACCUCCGCCGAGCCACCGCCGAAUACUCAAAAACAAUGUAUCAAUACCAAAUCCGCAAGUAAUUUCUAGUCUUGUGCAAAAAAAAUCAUCCAAAUCGGACUAGUACUUUUUGAGAACGGAGCUUUUACUUUCCUUCAGAAAAGUUAGGACACCCUGUACAUAAGGUAGCUUAAAAAAUUGCUGUUUUGACUAAAAAUUGGUGAAAAAUAGCUUUUUUAAAGGAUUAAACAAACUUAACUAAUGCCAUUUUGCUUUAUAAAGAAGGUUGUAGCUUUUUUAAAGUCUGUGAGUAAGGUUUUAGGUAAUUUUUUUACCUUUAGCUAACGGAAGACCCUUCAACAUCAGAACAAGUCAUAUCAGACCAAAUCGAGUUGGAGAUUUGCCCUGCCAAGUCUCUGAGAAGACGAUUGGACAUUGCCCCAAGUGUCAGAAAGUCACGGUACAUUAAGACGAGUUUGGAUUGUACUAGUAAGUUGGAAGAUGUUGGUUUUACAGAUGUUUUAGUGUUAUACCUACUAUAAUAUAGGCCUAUAUCUUCAUUUUUUGAAUUUUUAUGAAGUGUUUUGAUAGAUUUGGUUUCAAAAUUGAUGUCUUAACAUAUUAACGUUUCAGUAAAACACCUCUGUCACUACAUUCGUCAAGCAGCUCAACUAGAACUGAAGCCGGAUGCUGAUGAAGAUGCUCGAGUCAUACCAACCGUUUUCUACAUGUACUACCUGACUUCCAGUCUAAAUAUAGAGCAAGCUGAGAGCUUUACAACGCUGAGACAAAUUCAUAUCUAUUCAACGACAACGGAAAGUCAUCUAAAGGUUGUGUUUGACACCCAGCCGAACGAUGAUAAUCAACGUGAUCAGAACAUUGCUCCCGAGUUUGAUGUUGAUCUGGACCCGGAUGCUGGUGAUGAGGAUCCUGAUUGGCGUUAG